GGAGGAGGAGACGAACCUGCCUCCAAUGGAACGAAGACGGUCAUAAUCCUGUUGCCGAUGUGAUGUUCCCAAACCAGGUUAUCCUUAGACUGGUCCAGCCAAGCGGUGGCGCGGGAACCUGAUACGGUUAUCGUAAUGCCUUAUACCAGCCACACAACUCUUUCCUUCUACUAUCAUGGGCGACGACAGUGGGCUGUCUGAGAAAAGAACUCUGUGUGUUGCACAAUAUUGGCGCGGACACGAUUCCAAUGGUAACAGGAUGCCACUUCACUGGGCACUCUUUGCGAUCUCCAACGCAAAUGCCGAUUCAAUCAAAGCCAGCAGCUCUGGGAAAGAACAUUCAGAUCAAGUAGAUCACUGGGGGACUUGUUACCAAGCAAUCGGCAACAUCGACACCCUUACCUACUCUUGCAUCGAAGACGAAUGUAUGGAAAUUCUUGCUGAAGGCUAUCGUGGUUGUCUGGUGGUCGGAGAGAUUGAUGUGUUCUCGGAAAAAGAGAUAGGCGUGUUACUUCGACAAGUAACCGUAUAUCGAGGCAGAGAAAACUGGAACUGUCAGAACUGGGUGCUUGCUGCUCUCGAGAGGCUUAAAGCCUCUAAUCAUAUCGCGAGCAACAUAUCACGCGAUGGCGUUCGCAACGAACUAGAGGAUAUCCUAAACGAUUGGAUAGAAUGAUCGUGAUCAAUCUCCACCGUCCAUACAUUGUGGCCAUGUUAUCGUUGUUCGCUUCGUAUAAAUCAGAUUAGUAUAUGUGUACGUUGGCAAUUGCUGAACAUCUAAAGGCUAGGCAACACGAGGCUGCUUUUGUGCAGAUCUUUGUGUAAUACCUCUCGGACUAGGCCGAACACGCCUUUGAUGUAGCUCCUCUUCGCACCCUCUCGGAUACUCUGUUAAGAUAACUUGUGCCUGUGUUUGUGCACCCCGGAUCUUCCAUCGC